CAAGGGUUCAUGCAAAGGUUUGGAUGUAUGGCGUCGCUGCAGCGUGAUGUGGGUCUGUAGGAGUACCCCCUGCGUGGGUCCCUUUGCAGUGCGGAUCCAGUAGUUGGACUUGUUUCGAGUGCACGCGAGCCGAAGACGAGAGGAGUACAGCAGCUGAGUGAGCGAGUAGAGGUAGAAUCGCAUGCUCUUACGAGACUUUGACUUGUCACUUUUCAACCCGCUCUGAAGACAACUCGAAGAGGACCACAGAGAGCAGCAACAACACCUGGUCUGGUGUCCUCGAAGCGCCAGUGGAAAAAGUCCCGAACGAGAUCAUCUCAGCUGGCAUGAGCUAACCUAAUCCUACCAGGCAGAGAUGGAAACCAAACCGUUCUUGUCAUUGGGGUUCCUGAAGCCCCAGUGCUCGUUAGCUCCUCCGAUGCAGCGAGGCCGUCCAAACGAUGCCUGUUCCUGUUUCAGUGGCAUGUGUUCCCUCCAUCAGCGUCGACUGUCCUCCGACUCAUCAGGUCAGAUGGGCUCUUCACCCCUGGGCUCACCCACUUCCCAUCGAGGAAUGCACCCAUCUUUGCUGAGUCCAACCAGCAUGGGGCCCUCCGGGUCUCUUCACUCUCCCAUCAGCACGUUGAGCUCGCCCAUGAACGGCCUGGCCUCGCCCUUCUCUGUCAUCAGCUCGCCCAUGGGCCCCCACUCCAUGACCUCGCCCGGCAUGGGCUACGGCCCCAGCGUCAGCCCUCAGCUGAACUCGCCGAUGAACUCGGUCAGCAGUACGGAGGACAUUAAGCCCCCGCUGGGCCUCAACGGCGUGAUGAAAGUGCCCGCUCAGCCCUCUGGCACGGCGCUGUCACUCACCAAACACAUUUGUGCCAUCUGUGGGGACCGCUCUUCAGGUAAACACUACGGGGUAUACAGCUGUGAGGGCUGCAAAGGUUUCUUCAAGAGGACGGUGCGCAAAGACCUCACCUACACGUGUCGCGACAACAAGGACUGUGUCAUUGACAAACGGCAGAGGAACCGGUGCCAAUACUGCCGCUACCAAAAGUGUCUAGCGAUGGGCAUGAAGAGAGAAGUUUUAUUACAUGCAGCCGUUCAGGAGGAGCGCCAGCGAGCCAAGGAAAAGAAUGAGAAUGAGGUGGAGUCGACCAGCUGCGCCAAUGAGGACAUGCCCGUGGAGAAGAUCCUGGAAGCCGAGCAGGCGGUUGAACCGAAAACCGAAACCUACAUCGACACCAACCUUGGGGUUCCAUCCAAUUCACCAAACGACCCGGUGACAAAUAUCUGUCAGGCUGCGGACAAACAGCUCUUUACGUUGGUUGAGUGGGCCAAGAGGAUUCCCCACUUUUCGGAGCUGCCACUGGACGACCAGGUCAUCCUUCUACGAGCAGGUUGGAACGAACUCCUCAUUGCGUCAUUUUCGCACCGUUCGAUCGCUGUUAAAGACGGGAUCCUGUUGGCGACCGGGCUGCACGUACAUCGCAACAGUGCCCAUAGUGCUGGAGUGGGAGCCAUCUUUGACAGAGUGCUCACAGAGCUGGUGUCCAAGAUGCGGGAUAUGCAGAUGGAUAAGACAGAACUGGGGUGCCUUCGAGCUAUAGUCCUUUUCAACCCAGACUCCAAAGGUCUGUCAAACCCAAGUGAGGUAGAAGCUCUCAGAGAGAAAGUCUACGCGUCUUUAGAGGCCUACUGCAAACACAAGUACCCCGAGCAACCUGGCAGAUUCGCCAAGCUGCUGCUGAGGUUACCGGCUCUGCGCUCCAUCGGCCUCAAGUGUCUAGAACACUUGUUCUUCUUCAAACUCAUAGGCGACACGCCCAUCGACACUUUCCUCAUGGAAAUGCUAGAAGCUCCCCAUCAAAUGACAUAAUAACGGAGAGGAUGGAGCCCAUCAUCUGCCUCCUCAUCGUUUCCCAGCAGGGUCCUUUUUGUUUAGUUUUUAAAGAUGUCCCACCUCCACUGAGACAAAUUAUGUCAUGGUGAACAUUUUCCCUUUUCACUGUAAAAUCCCCCAGAAACAACAAAUUCAUUAUGGGUGUAGAAGACAAGAGCAAUGUCCUGAGCCAUUAUUAGCAUUUUCCCAGCAUCUUGAUAAGAUGAUUCAGCAUCCUCACACGCAACACUUGCCGGGUGGGUGUGUGGGCAAACAUGGUGUGGACGUCAUGUUGAGACCCUCAGCCUCGUGAGCAGGACAAUCGCACAGGUACACGGACCAUCUGGGCCUCUUGGUUUUUCGUCGAGAUGGAUUCAAAACAAACUGGAGGUCCUUCCCUGACUGGACUCAACACGUCUUGCACUAGUUGUUUCAAAAACAAAGAAAGGAAAAAGGGUGUCAGCUUUCUGGGAUGUCGAACUUACUUGACAGGUGUGCUACAAAGACUGCAUUUGUGUUCAAGUGUUCAAGAACCUCAGGUGUCUGGCCCAGUUCCAAACAAAUCCAACCAUGUCUUAUUGUAUCAACACUGUGCUACAACAUUGGUGAGGGCGAGUUUCCGAAUCAACCUAAUCAGGAAAAUGUUGUGAUCCACCUCGAGAUGCUGAAGCGGCGUUGGGGGAGGGGGGCUUGUCAUGUAUGUACAAUCUGCACAGUUCUUUGUGCACACAGGAAGAAGCCAGGCAGUUGUCAGUUGACACCGGCAACUGGCAUUCGAACUUUCUGUUCCUUUUUUUUUUUUUUUUUUUUAAUCUUUGCAACAGAAAAGGUAUGGCGUGUGAAUUUGGAAUGCAGCGUUAAAGGUAGCAGUGUCAACCUUGGAUCAUUUCAGCUGUCGCCUGCUCCACCCCAACAGCCCCUCUCAUUGAUGUGAAUUCCGACCUCCACCUCUCAACCGCUCAACACUGCAGGUGUUAGCGUCUCAAUAUCACCUCAUCUCUUUCUGCGCAGGAAGUUGCAACCAGAAACAGUAUUUUCGUGUUUUGUUUUGGGGUUUUGUUUUUUUGUUCUAUUUCAGAGCAGCACUGCACUAUUACCUCAAUUUGUUCACCCUCCUCAUCUUGGCUCGCGUCAUUUUGACAGUAUACGUCCAUAGAAAGAGAAGCGGCAGCAGAGCGGUUGUUUGUUUAUUUGUUACGUUGCACUUAACCUCAUGACAGAGCUGAUUGACCUGUGGGGUGGGGAAUUGGCCCCCGUCCCAAUUAGGAUCCCCCCAACCCCUCCGCUUCUUUUCCCUCCUCAGCGGGACAAAAACACGCGUUUUCUCGGAAGCCUUUGUUGAUGAUGAAAUAUGAAAUAUUUUCGACAUAUACACUCAUAUUCUGCUGUUCUGUGGCAUUCUCUUGCCCUCCGUUGGGGUUGACACAAAAAACAAAGUUGCUCAUUCUCACUUCAUGCGGAUAGUCGACACGUUGCUCUCCUCACAUCCCGACUCACUCAUUAUUGGCUUUACAUAGGAAGCAAAUAGAUUUUUUUUUUUUGUCUUCAAUUAUGUAUAUACAGUAUAUAUAGAUUACGGAACAACGGAGUCAGAGGGACAUGAGUAACAAUAUGAGAGGGAAAAAGAACACUAAAAAAAGAAUUUCAUCAAUUUUCUUUUGAUCUGCAUGUUAUUUCUUUCAUCAGCACUUUGAAGCAGUCAGGACCUGAGCACUGUGUUUUUAUUCAUACUAAGGAGGCCCGAACAAAGAAUCUGGGCUCUACCACCCAUCAGUGGAAUUCCAAUUUAUUAUUACUAUUCAAAGAGACUUUAGCUGACCUUCUUAUCUGCAGUUUAGUGAACUAGAACUGAAUUUGGUCUACUUGAUCAGAAAUAGGCUUUACACAAUCAGGAUUUUGGAGCGAAUCACCGAUCGUCAAGCAAAAAAAUAAAUAAAAAACUGAUCACUGAUCUAGUCAGAAAAUGGACCAAUGUAUAUAUUUAAAUAACUUGCUUAUUUCCGUAUGGUUGACCCCCCCCCCCCCCCCCCCCAUCUUUUUUAACAAACACUUCAUAAGUGACCUGUCUCCUAACCUUACGGUUUUGCUGCACAUUUGGAAUUUCUCACGAUUAGGUUUUUUUUUCUUUGUCAAAUUGUCCUAACAUCAUGAUUUUUUUUUUUCACGCAAUGUUAGGACUUGAUUCUUUGACUAAUACGACAUUAUUCUCAGGUUCAAACAUCAAAACUAUUGUCCAUUUAAUUUCAAUUCCACUUGUUGUUUUUAGCGUUUCUGGUUGAUCCCAGGGCCAGAAAUCAUAUGAUUCUGUUCUCAUUACUUUCUGUUGUGCUUUUCUUUUCAGUAUGGCCCAAAUAGUCCUGACAAAAAGAGCAGUGAACACUCUUUCGUGAUUCUACUGGCACUCUGACAACUCUGCUACUAUUUGACCAAGACUCAGAUGACGUAAUGGCCGUGUUAGGUUAAAUUUGAGCCUUUGUUUAUCACAAAGGACGUUCCGGACACGCGUGUGUAAUUAUCGUCUGAUUGAGGUCCACUUUCACGGAAGGCCUUCGGCAGGGGUGAAAAAUCUGAGGGUCUUUCAAAAUCAAGCCCCUGAAUUCGUCCCAAGGCGAUGAGUGUGUAAAAACGAGGGAUGAGCUUCUUGCCCCCUCUACUGGACGGAAAUCUGCACUGCAACACCACAACUUCUUUUUCCUUUUAUUUUUUUCUCCCAUCUUGACAGAUACGGCACUUUCUCACAGGGUUUAUGUGGCACAGUCUCUGUGCUUGCUAUUGCCAAAAAGAGGGACGAAGAAGGAACAAAAGGAGCAAUAACUAUUCAUGACUUAUUGGCGUUUCCCUGCGAGCAAUGUGGCCUGUAUUAUAUCUGAAUUAUCCAGGUGACAGUAUUGACUGCCAGUGUGAGCUCAGUUUACAGUACAUUAUUUAUAUAUAAAAUACAUGCAUACAAAAUCAGAAUAAUUUGUAUUUUGGAGGAAAAAAACGAGUAUUGCAGCUUCUUAGUCAGAAUCCUAAACUGCGAGUUUCGCCGAAAAUUUUUUAAAUGUUAAAAAAAGUACUCAUUGAAGACUGUGAUGGGUGACAAAUGCAGGUAUUUUAAGCCAUAAAUUGUGAAUGUUGUGUAAGAUCGCCCCCAAUAAGAAAUCGAACAUGAUAUAAAAUGGUAACUUUCACAGACGCUUCAUAACGUAAAAGCUAUAUUUUGUUAAUAUGUAUAUGUGUAUAUAUUUAUAUAUAAAUAUAUCAGCAGACCUGUUCCUUGAGUAUUUCCAGCAUUGGAAGAGGGAGAGAAGUCUUUCAGACCAAAAUAAUUCCAGGUAUUGUUUUUACGCAAUUAUCAAGGAGGAGGAUUUUUUGCAUUGUAGCCUUUCUAAAAACAACAGCCAGCAGAAUCCAGUAGCCCCAAAUGUGUACAGUAAAAACAAACAGCUCCUCAGCAGACUAAUGGGACAUCCAAACCGUAUAGAAAAGACGUCGGUUACAGUUAAGGACGUUAACCUCCUCAAAAUAUGUGUUUUGCUUGGCAAUUGUAUGUUCAAAAAUAUCAGGAAAAAAAAAGCUGAACUUGUGACACAAUCACAAUUCGUUUGGUGCAGACAGUAAACUAUCAAGAAAGUUUAAAAGUUACAAUUUAAAAAAAAAACUUGAGCGAGAAGAGAAUAUCUAUUUUUGUAGAAAAGUCAACUUUAUCCCUUGCUUUACGUACUCGUUUUGGUCCCGUUCUUCUUGUGGGCUGAUGUUUACGCAGACAACAAUAUUGAGGAUCCGGCACCUUGCUAAUAAACUGUGGCUUUUACUUUGCUGUGUUCGAUUUAUCGCCGCCAAGUGGCAAACUGUCCCGUCAUACUUUUGUGUCAACUUUUAAGGAGAUGGACCUUUUGUCAUCUGUUCUUUGUGUGUUUGUCCAUUGAUGUUUCAUGGACAAAGAGAAAAAAAACAAAUUAAAAAAAACAUCAAAGUGA